UGUAGAACAAAUAUGUUAUCCGCAAACAGGAGAGCGAUAAAAUUGUGAGUGCUAAUAUAAAAUGUGAAUUGUGGAGCAGUAAAUCUGUAGUCUCUUUCCUCCAUUGAUCGGUGCAGCGCAGUUCCAUAGACACGAUGAUUGCUCUCAUAUUUGGUAGCCUGCUGGUAUGCCAUGCUGCUCUGGCCUACCCUAACCCCUACCCAGGCCCAAGGCCUGCACCCAUACCAGACCCCUCCUAUGUCGGCGGUUUUCCCGGUUACGGCCGUGGCUUAUAUGACGGCAUUGGGCUCGACUUUGUCGGCGGUUAUGGCGGCUUCGGUUGUGUAGAUGAAGUUAUUACCCCACCUGUGGUACCCCCAGUACUAAACACUGUUGACGUCUACGACAUCGCCACCCUGGGCGUCAUCCCUGCGCCCCCCAUAGAGUACGUCUACCCUGCCGUCGGCUACGAGGCUUUUGGACUCGGCGGCUACGAGCCUUUUGGACUCGGCGGCUACGAGGCUUUUGGACUCGGCGGCUACCCAGGAGGAUUCAAUAACUUUAAUUUGUACGGAAAUGUAUUAUACUAGUCUGACAAGCUAAUUACUUUAUAUAGUAGUUAUCAUUUGUAAUAAAACUUCAUUUGUAAGAAACA